AUGUUUCAAAAUUUUGGCAAAGUACAACCGGCAGAGACGUCUUUGUCUUGUAAAAGUCAUAAGUUAAUGUUAUACAAUGAGAUUAUUCAACAAUGCCAUCCCGGUCAUUACCAUAUUCUUCCACUGGGCAUGAGGUCUCUCGAGAAACUCAUCCGUGUCAUAGAUGAGGAGAUGGAUUCAAUUGGUGCCCAAAAAAUAUCAAUGCCAUGCAUAACACCCUUGAGUUUCUGGAAAAAAUCAGGUCGCUGGCAAAUAAAAGAACUUUACAAACUCAAAAAUCGACAAGAUCAGGAGUUCUGUAUUAAUCCUACUCAUGAAGAAAGUGUGUCAUUGCUGUUUUCGUGUCAUGCACCAUUCACUGCAAAAGAAGCACCAAUUAUGCUUUAUCAGAUUAGUCGAAAGUUCAGAGAUGAAAUGGCACCCAAGUAUGCAUUGUUACGAGGAAGAGAAUUUGAGAUGAAAGAUUUGUACACAUUUGACAGUUGCUUAGAGAAGGCAAAAGAAACUUAUGAAAAUGUGUGCUUUGCCUACGAAAAAAUUUUCAAUCGUCUUCAAGUACCUUUUGUUAAAGUUGAGGCCAGCACAGGUGAUAUUGGUGGAAAAAUCUCACAUGAAUUUCACUUACCAUCAAAUAUCGGUGAGGAUAUUUUAUAUAUUUGUAAAGGUUGCAAUCAUGGAGUGAAUAAAGAAUUAAUAGAUCAAAGCAAGGAGCAGCAAUGCCCAAAAUGUGGAGGUGAUUUACAUUUUACAUCAGGCAUUGAAGUGGGUCAUGCUUUUCUUCUGGGUCAGAAAUAUUCAUCAAUAUUCAAGGCAACAUUCAUUGACAAAAAUGAUAAUAUCAUACCUUCACAAAUGGGUUGCUUUGGGUUAGGAGUCACCCGUAUUCUUCAAGCUGGUAUAGAAGUACUCUCUCUAGAUCGACAGAUUCGGUGGCCAAAACUCAUUGCUCCCUAUCAAUUGUGCAUUAUCCCCCAAAAGGAAGGCUAUCAAAGUAAGGAAACGAUGGAUUUGGCCAUGGCCCUAAGUGACCAAAUAAUAAACAUGCCCAAUUUAAAUGGAGAAGUUGUUAUUGAUGACAGAUUACACAUGACCAUAGGUAAAAGGUUAUAUGAAGCAAAGAGGAUUGGGUAUCCACACAUUGUGAUUGUUGGCAAACGGGCCCUUGAAAGCCCACCUCAGUUUGAAGUGAUUUUACCAGAAUGGCAAGAAUGUCAGUUCAUGUCUGUGGAUUGUUUGUGCCAAAUUUUAUCUGGUGUCAAGACAAUAUAA